CAUCGCCGCCUGAUUUCCAGUCGCCAUGGCAAAACCCCCCAAAAUUCCCAAGCCCUCGCCUUCCCCUCUCCGCUCCUCCUCCACCGCCGGAGCACCGCCGCCGACCACUCAGGCUGCCAAAAUCCCCAAACCCUCGUCUUCGCCUCUCCGCUCCUCCUCCGCCGGAGCUCCGCAGCCGACUCAGGAUAAAUAUACUGUCCCAAUCAUGAGUGCUGCUGGCAACAGCAGCAACCUGUGUUCUUCUCGUGUUGGAGAAAGAGAUAAAAAUAGUACUGCAAAAUUACCGCCGUCAGCUGCUGGUGAAAUGCUAGUGAAUCCCGACAAUGCUGGUUUAUCUUUGACUGAUCUCAAGCUUCAACAUUUAAGGUCAAGUGUAAAAGCUUUUCUUGAUGAAUACAUCGCUUCUGAGGAUCUUGAUCUGGGUUCGGAAAAGGAGCAUGUUGGAUCGGAUGGGUUCCCAUAUGUGGACUGGGCUGACCUAAGGGGUAUUGCAUUAUACAGCUUACACGCGUUCUUCAAAACUGCAGUUGAGACUAUAUCACAGGAAGGGUACUCGGAGGAUGCUGUUAUUCAUGCCAUUAGGGACUCUGCACUCUGUUACCAGUUUGAUGGACCUAUCACAAAGAUCGCAGAUAGUGCACGUGCAAUGCUAAAGAGUGGCCGGCAGGUUGAUUCUCCUCCGAGUGAAAAUCUUGACAUGCAUUUGCACAUGCUGGGUUUGUAUGUUCUUAGUUGUGCAUCAAGUUUGCUGAAGAAAUAUUUUCCAUUCUUCACAUGGAGCGACGCAUUAUGGUGCAUUAUGCUCUGUGACAUGGAUAUCUCUGUUGCUCAUGCUUUCUCUGUUGAUAUGAGUUCUUAUGGAAAUGAACAAUCGGACUGGCUUGUCGUAAACAAUCAGAACGCAAAUGAUCCUUCAGGAAGUUAUUCUUGUAGUCCCUCAGAAUCUCCUGGAGGAGCUGCACUGCCUCAAUCUGAACAAUUAGAACAGUGGAGAGCUGCACUAGCUCAAUCUCCUGAAAGGAUGUGGAGCAAAGUUUUAGCAGAUUAUAUAGCAAUUCAAAAGUGUACAGGGAGGGAUCACGUUUCUUCUUCUGGUCAAGACCAUGUUUCUUCUUCAGGUCAAGACCACGUUUCUUCUUCUGGUCAAGACCAUGUUUCUUCUUCUGGUCAAGGACAUGCUUGUUCUUCCAGUCAACCGGAGAAGCCCUCUUCACUGGCUAGGACUGUUGUUACGCAUAACAAAAAAGCAGCUAAAGGCACCAGCAGUAAGAGAAGUCUUAAAGAGAGUAGAUCAGUGAUGGCAUUUCUUGAAGCUGCUAAUAGCACUUUGACAGCCACAUCAAAGGCAGCAAAAAGCCUAAAAUCAUCCACAUCAUUUACAACUAUGCAUCUUUCUAAUCUGUCCUUGCUCAAAAAGAUAGAUGCACCAACAGUGGUUUCAAGUCAGCCAGCUUCUUCUCCUGCUAACCACGCUUCCAGCUCAUCGUCUACUGGGAAAACGGUAACUAAGCGACAAGCUCAACCUGGUGACCUCGUAUACUUUUCUCUCCCACCUGUUAACAACUCUUCCAGCUCAUCGUCUACUGGGAAAACAGCAAGUAAGCAACAAACUGAACCUGGUGGCCUCAUACACUUCUCUUUCCCAAAUACUCCGGCAGAUGGCUUUGAUUUUGAAUUCUCACAUGAUGGGAUGCGGACGUCUUGGGUUCCAAAAGAUAGGAAAGAGGAGAUUGCUCUGGAUCUGAUUAGACGUUUGGGAGAGCUGAAGUUGGAGGUGAAAGUUUGGACAGACUGGGCCAGUGAAAGGUUACUGCAAUCACUAAAGAGGCUUGCAAUUGAGCAACCUUCUCUUGCAUUGCUCAGAAAGGAAAAGGAAACAUCUGAGUGUGGUGUGCUUACACAGAAGCUUGAGGAGACAAAAAAAUCAUUAUGUGAUAUUUCAGUGGAGCUUGAUUGUGUCGAUUCUCUUGAACUGAAGCUUACUGAUGAAGUUGAACUUUCUAAGCGUGAAAGGGAUUCCGGCAAGUUACAGGAGGAGCAAUCAGCAGCUAGGCUUGCUGACAUUUUGAGGAAGGAAAAUGCGUCCUGUGUGAAACUGAAGUCUACUGAAACAGAGAAGAUCCUUUUGCAAGAGAAGCUUGCUGCUGAAAGGAGUAACUUAUGUAGGCUACUGAAAAAUCUAGAGCAAGCUGAAGGAUAUAAAAAUGUAUUAGAGAAAAAGCUCGAGGGAGGAAAGAAGAUGAUGGAUGAAACUCUGAAGCAGGUUGACAUUGCAAGAAAUGAAGUGGAACGGGUCAAGUUGUCAGCAAGAAGAAAAUCUAACAAUGUAUUGGUGAAUGCAGAAAAUGAAAAGAAAAGGUUGCAAGCUAGUGCUAAGGAACUCCAGAAGCACAUACAAGAUUUGGAGUUUGAUCUGGCUCGUGGUAGGCCCCAGAGACUUGCCGUGCUUAUGGGUUCUCCAGUGUUACUGCCUGAUUCCGUAGAGCAGGAGCGUGAAUGUCAAAUGUGCUUGGACGAGGAUGUUUCAGUAGUUUUUCUCCCAUGCGGGCAUCAGAUUUUCUGCAUAAGCUGCAAUCAGCUUCACCAAGAUAAAGGUGUGCCAGACUGCCCAUUCUGCAGAUCGCCCAUCCAAAGGAGGAUAUGCGCUCAGUUUUCUGACAGUUAGGGCUAAAACCAGUUGUGCUGCUAGUCAAAGAUCAAUUUUCUGACAGUUACCUAUGUCAGCUCCUAGCCUCAGUUAGAUGCUUUAGAGAACUUGCAAGUCGGGAAACGAUGCACGUUUUGUUGUGCUAGUUACAAGUAGAACUGGUACCUUUUAUAUAAAUAUAUGGUUACAUUCGUAAGCUUAAGCUGGCCUCAGUUUAUUUCUAA